AUGGGUGCACUCGACCACUGGGAUCAGCCCACCUCUGAAAACUGUCUAUACGUCAACAUAUUGGCGCCGCAUAACAUCACAACUUUAAAGCCGGUUAUAGGGGGUUUUAGAGGGGGCUCUAUAUUCUCGGACAUGUAUAACGGCAAGUGGUUGGCCUCCUAUGAUGUCGUGUAUGUGGCCGUGGAUUACAGGUUGGGCUCAUUGGGCUUCCUAUACGGUGGCGAUGAUGAGGAGACCCCCGGAAAUGUGGGACUUUUGGAUCAACUCGAGGGGUUAAAAUGGGUGCGAGAAAACAUUCAUCUGUUUGGUGGAGAUAAGGAUAAGAUAACGAUAUUUGGUGAGAGCGCCGGUAGUAUCUCAGUGUCGGCUCUUAUAUUAUCUCCACUGGCGAAAGGGCUGUUCGCGAGGGCUAUACUAGAGUCUGGCGCUCAGCUCCACAACCGUCAGGAAACUCAUACCAAAGCCCAGGAAAUGGCCAAACAUUUCAAGUGUACGGACGAUAAGACGUGGUUAGAGUGCCUGCGAAAGGUUGACGCGAAUCAGAUCCACGCAUACACUCAGCUAAAUGUAGGUCCCCUCGUGGGCACCGCCUAUAUGCCACUCACGGCACAGGAUGCGUUCAAAGAUGGAAAGUAUAAUACGGAUGUGGAUCUGAUCGCUGGUGUAGUCCGUAAUGAGGGCUCACUUCUGGCGCCACAAAUCAAAGGCAAUAUCACUGAAGAGGUAUUCAUUAAUGCCAUCAAAGGACGCAAUUUUGGUGACAUUAGUUUGGGUCAAGUGUUGGCCUUUUAUCUCAAAGACGUCAAAAAGGAUGACUACGCGGCCUAUCGGUGGGCAUACUAUGACCUGAUUGGCGAUAUCGGUCUGAAGUGCAAUACAUACCUCUUCGCCAAACAAGUGGCCCAACACUCGACCACAAGGAAUGUCUACUUCUAUGAACUCACGUAUCAAAGUGGCGGUCAUUUGCAG